AUGACGGGAAUAUGUCGGACAUAUAAAGAAGACACAACUGGUUUGGUUACUCCAGGCGCAGAAGGACUUGUAACUCCAAGCGGCAUUACAUCUAUUCCCGCAGGAUUAGAGACACCAGAGACAAUAGAACUCAGAAAGAGAAAGAUUGAAAGCGAAAUGGAGGGUGGCGAUACUCCAGCUCUUUAUACUGUCUUGCAUGAGAAACGAACCGAAGGUCUUGGCAAUAGUAUGAUGGGAAGUACUCAUGUUUAUGAUAUGACGGGUGCCGGUGGACAGGCUCCACCUUCGGUUAUCGCCGCUCGACGUGGGGCAACGUCAACUACAGAUUCUCGUGCAACAGAAAAAGAAGGGGCUGUUGAAGUAGCGCUGGAUCCCAGUGAACUCGAUAUGGAUUCCGAAGCUAUGGCUACGCGUUAUGAAGAAACUAUGAGAAGCCGUCAAGCAUUAAAAAACGAAGAUCUUUCAGAUAUGUUGCAAGAUCACGUUCAGCGUUCCAAGUCAAAAAGAAAACGUCAACAAACGCAACAAGAGUCGUCGAAAUCAAAAAAAUACAAGGAAUUCAAAUUUUAAAUUACUUAUUAUUUAUUAUGAACAAUGUUAAACUCUAUGUAAAUAGUUUUUUUAUCUAUGUAAAUAAUAAUUUAAACUUCACAUUAUUUCAAUACUUCAUUUGCUUUGCAUUCAUGACUUGAAAUAUAUUAAUUUCACUUCUAAAAUAUUCUAAGUUUUACAUUACCUCAAGAAUUAGAGAUCUUCACACUAUCUGUUAUUUUUUCUUCAAAAUUUUAUUACAGAACUUAAUUUUGUUUCAGUCGAUACAUAUUGAUACAACUUCUUAAUAAUAUAAUUUAUUCAUCCUUGUAAUUUGAUGAAAAAUAAAAAAAUAAGUUGGGAAUUUUCUUAUUGGUUUAACCAGAAGCGAUUUGCCCUCUGCAUUUUUUAUGUAUCGACACUGAUGGUUUUAAUAUUAUAUUAUUAUUAACUUGUUUUGUUUUGUUGAAAAAGUCUUGGAUUACAUAUCAUAAAUUAUGUAAGUAUCUUGAAAAUGUUAUAGUUUGUCGAAUUUUAUAUCAAAUUUAUUAAAACCCUCUUAAAAUUAUCCAAUUUACAUUUUUUGAUUAUAAGCAAUUUUCACAUGAAUAUCGUUUUAAAUAAUAUUUAUUAGCAUUGCUGACUGCAGAUAAUAAUUAUCUCGAUCUUACAUUUUCAGCAAAGAAAUAAGUUAUCUUGUAUCUGAUAUGGUAUUCAUUGUAGGUAUUUUAAAAAUUUUUUUAAAAUUUUUUGCACGAAAACAUGAGAUCCAAAUGAUUUCUAUGUGAAAACUCGAAAAUAAAUCAAAAUUUUCUUGU